AUGAAAGCUCCCGACUCUUUCCAGAACCCUGGCUUCUGGUGCGACUUCCAUCGAGACCACGAUCACAAAACAGAGGACUGCAUUGCAAUAAAGAUCGAGGUCAACGAGCUGCUUAGGAAAGGACACCUCAGGGAUUUCCUUUCCGAGAAGGCCAAGAGCCAUCUAAGCAAGGAGACAAUUGGUAAGCCCACUAAAGCUGCUCCCGUCUCGCCACCGCGACAUGACCGAGUGAUCCAUGUCAUUUCAGGCGGUUCGGAAAGCAGCGGCAUAAUCCAUGCAGCUGCAAAGAGAAGCACCUGGAACGCCAAGCACGGCCUAGAGGCGGCCAAGCCAAAACGUCUGCUCCUAGGAACAGACGAGAUAAGCUUCACGGCCAAGGAGCAGGAGAAAGUCCUCACUCCACAUCACGACGCCCUGGUUAUCUCGCUCACUGUAGCGAACUGCCUGGCCGCAUACAAGGAUCUGGGGCUGGAGGAAGGCGCUCUAACUCGGAGGAUAACCCCACUUAUAGGGUACAGCGGGGAAGUCAAACAAACCGCCGGGGAAGUAACCCUCCCCGUAUACGCCGAAGGAAUCAACAUGUCAACCAAGUUCCUCGUGGUUGAUUGCGAUUCGUCUUACAACAUGAUCCUAGGACGGCCCUGGAUUCACGGAUUGGGGGCCGUCCCCUCGACUCUUCACCAAAUGGUGAAAUUCCCUACAUCCUGGGGCAUAAAGGCGAUCAGAGGGGAUCAGGAAUAUUCCUGCUCCUGCUAUCAGACCACUCUAAAGGGAAAGACCAAGGUCUUAUAG